AUGGAGGCCGAGAAGAAGUCGAUCUCCUCUCCUCUGUCUUCGUCCCUCGUUGAGGAUGCCUCCGGCGCGACGACUGCACCGAAUUCCUCUUCGUCAAGCCUUUUCCGCUCCGUGUUCCCGCCGGCUUCCACGGUACGUUAUCUUCUCCCUCCGUCUGUCGUUCGUGUUCUUUUUCGUUUUUUUUGCGAGGAAUGCGUUAAUGUGUCGUCUCCGAUAUGCCGGCGGAUUGCCAUGAUUAAAUAUAUCGUCGUUGUUUUUGUCUUCAGUGUCCUUUUCUUUUACGAGUGAGCGGCGGGCUCUGACCAUGUUUAUAGUUUAUACGUUGAAUUUCUAUGUUAUGUUUUCCUGAUGAUAGUAAAUCUUUUUGGUUCCUCGUACAUCGGGGCUUUAGUAUAAGCGUUCCUAUGAUAGUUUAACAUAGGUUGACUCUUCCGUAUAUGAGAAUUCAAUGCCAUUCAAAUUUCUUUAUAUUGUCUUGUUCUGUUUUUUGUAGGUGUUAGGAGAGGAUUCGUCUAGGCCAGACAUCUUCGGCACUUUGAGGAAGCGUGAAGGUGAAAAUAAGACUUGAUCCUCACAAUAAAUGCUUCUGCGUGUGUCUGAAGAGGUUUCAUCUUGUUACCUGAUUAAGGGUUAGAUUUUCUGCACGUCGUCUCUUUUGGCAGGUCUGGAGUGUUCCUUGUAGAAGGAUUUCUCAUGGAUCUAGUGGAUGAUGUGCUAUAAUCUCUUCCAAGACCUGCCUUUGUCUAUUUAUUUUAAUUGCUCGUAGAAGAUGACUCGAAAAUCUGCCUCCUUCUGAGGGAAACAUUCUUCCGUGGUCCAGUGGUUCUCGCUGUAAAUAUCUACUUUUAAGAUUUAUCUUCCCCUUCGGACGCUGAUGCUCUCAGACAUGAUGCUUUAUACUUCAUAAACAGUCUCUCUCCGAUGGGGGUUGCUAAGAUUUCUCGCUGUGAAGACUUUUUCAGAUUUGGGUCUCGCGAGAAAAAAAAUGUCUGAAGGUAGACGGAAUUUAACCGUCUAAGAAGGGUUUUUGAAAUUCAUGCAAUCUAAAAACUAAAUUCACAUCAUGGCUUUGUGGGGGUAUAUUUUCCCUCAGAACGGUGUUGAAUCCUUCUUGUUCUUUUUAUUUUCAUUUAACUGUCAACAGGUCUUUUUUACUUUCAUCUCCUAUUUGUUAGCCCCCCCCCCCCUUACUAUUCUGCAACCACGUGUAAGACAUAAGCGGUCGCAGGAAUUAGAUCGAAGUGAUUCUUGGAGUGCAUUACCUGAUCAUGCAGCAUUAAGCAAGGUUCCCUGUGCCACUUGUCGUUAUCUUUCUUUGGCUUCUAAAAUUGCAGCUGCUCAGCUCAGUUCCAGGUCAUAUAACAAAUUUCACGCGGAAGUAAUCUAAUUUUCUGGCCGUGGUAGACGUUUUAAUUCAAAUGUCGCUUGGCAUAUGGUUUCCAGAUGGAGCGUCCCAAGAGAGUGGAGGCGGGGUGUUGCCCGCUAAAAAGAAGGCCGAAGAGAUUGAUGGAUGUCUCUUUGGUUCGUCCGUGUACUACGGUGGCAAAGACGAUUGCGGUGUUCCGUCGAGCUCACCCGACACCAGAUACAGUGUAAGGCAUUGUUACCGAGUACAUCAGUCAGAGAAGCCACAUUUGAAUUCCCCCUCAUUUAAAUCUUGCUCAUUUUCAUGAUCAGUACAAGAAGGAUGAUGUCGAUUCAAGCAUUUCAAGCGACGCAACCAGAGGGGAAUGGUGGCAAGGUAUGUAACGGCGGCGGGUUACGGGAGAUGAAUCUGCUCCAUAAAUAAACAUUAUGAACAGCUCUGAGCUAACAACGUUUGUUCUCCGCAGGCUCGCUGUAUUACUAG